GAAGCAAAAGGAGAAAAGAAAAUACAUAUCGACCCCCGAAGUACGUGGUGGACGCUGCAGACCCUCUUAAGUAGUACCCGCUGGCAGCGUUGUGUCCGACACGACAAUGAGCUCCUCCAUACACGUUAUUUUGGUAGGCACCGACGCUUUCCGCGUGGAGGGCGCGUUGCAGGGCACGAUGGUGCAUACCCACAAGGCGUGGAACAAAUCCUAUCAGUUUUCCUGCACGUCGGCGCUUAGUGUGGAUAAGGUGGAUAAGCGCCUGCUUCUCGUAUGCCAUGUCAUCAUCCUGUGCAAGGGCUGCCGAUCUCCAGCCAACAAGUCUAGCUACAGUAACCGGGUCGUGCUAGCCUUGCCUGACGCCACGCCGAGCUGCAUCAAGGAAGUGGAGGACGGCGCCUUCUAUUACGGCGUCUGUGCGUUGGAGGAGUUGAAGACAAAGGCGUUGACCAUCGGACUCGCGCCGCCCCACGUCAUUUACGACGCCCACUUCAGCCGCUUCACCGAGGUCGGCGAGGCAGCGUUCAAACGCGCGUUUUGGCUGCUCGACCGCGACGCCGAUGGCCUCCUCCGACUGCCCGAGCUGGUGGGCUGGAGGAAGCAGGUCGAGCCGACGGACUUCAGCGCCGAGGAGGACAUGGUGUCGUUCCUCUCCGACUGGGGCGGCGCGGUGGCAACGGAGAAACAGGCGGACCUGAAGGCGUUUCUCGACCUCCACCUGGGCUGGCUCACCCGCGGCAGCACCAUGGAGGCGUGGGCGACGCUGCACGCCUCGGGCAUUCACCCCGACGGCCUCCCCUAUUCCUGGUACGACCUCCACUCGAUCCGCGUGGAUCGGGAGUCGAACACGUACCUUUCCGGGCACGCCAUUCAGUUCUUCACAAACGUGUACAAGCUGAAGCGCUUUGCGGAGACAGCGGACAUCUGGGCCGUCACCCCUGGCUGCCCCUGGGCCAGCGUCGACGGCUUUCUGCAGGAGCGCAUCCCGAUGGUGAAGUACGUGGAGUAUUGGAAGUACAUGGCGCUGGCCCGCCGUGAGGACGUCAUUCGCUACGCUCGGUACAUGGGAUACAAAGGCGAGAUCAGCUACCUCUUUACCCGACGCAGUGCACGGGCCUACCGUACGCCGGAUGAGACCGUACCGAACACCAUCCACGUCCUCGUCGUCGGCGCAGCGCACAGCGGCCGUCGCAGUCUGAUGUACGCCCUCACGAGCAGCGGUGGCGACGCGUAUCAAAAGUCGGAUCUCCGCAGCGCCACGUGCGUGCGCACGACGACUUUUUUUGCGGCAAAAGGCCGCGACGAGGCCGAGGAGGCGCAGACGCUCGUGUACACCACCGUGGCGCCGGAGGAGUCGCAGUACAUUUUGGCCGACCCGGAGCGGUCGAAGACGUAUGAUGUGGUGCUGCUCUGCUACGAUGGCGCCGACAUUACCACCUCCGGUGCGUAUGUGAUGGGUCUCUUCGACGCCGUCUGCGCCACGGAGGGGUGCGAGCGAAUGCCCUUCGUGGUGGUCAUGACAAAGGCGGACGCGGUGCGUCCUGAGGUGGAUGACCAGGCAGCGGAGGCGGGGACGCGGCUGCAGAACUACUGCCUGGCGCAUCAGCUUCUGUGGCCGCCUGUCAUCACCAGCAGCGAGCAGCCAGAUCAGAGCGAGGCAAGCUCGUUGAAUCAAUACAUGUACGCCGUGACAAGUGAUCCGACGCUCGCCGUGGGGCAGCCGCCGCUGACGUACGUGCGCAUUGUGCGACGUGCAACUUUUGUGGCUAUUUUGGCCGUGGCCGUCGCCGGUGCCGCCCAGACGCUCGUCAGCUACAUCCGUCGCCGGAGACGCUGA